CUUGGAGCUGCAGUCCACCUACAUCCUCACCUGACCACUCAGGAGAAGUAAACCUGUAAAGAUGAUCAAAGCAGUUUUGUCGGUAUUUUUGGUCCUGGUGGCGGUGUCCUCCACGUUUGGGAAAUACAUCCCGAAGACAGGCAAGAGGAUCCCUCAGACUCUGUCCAGAGGUUGGGGUGAUCAGUUGAUCUGGGCUCAGACUUACGAGGAGGGUCUCUACUGGUCCAGGUCAAGGAACAAGCCUCUGGUGGUUAUCUUCCACCUUGAGGACUGUCCACACAGCAAGGCUGUUAAGAAGAUUUUCUCUGAAGACAACGAGAUCCAGAAAAUUCUAGAUGAGGACUUCAUUGUCCUCAAUCUAGUGUAUGAAACCACAGACAAACAUCUUUCUCCUGAUGGGCAGUAUGUUCCCAGAAUCAUUUUUGUCGACCCUACAAUGACAGUCAGGGCUGACAUUACCGGCCGCUACUCCAACCGCAUGUAUGCCUACGAGCCAAAUGACUUCAAACUCUUGAUGAGCAACAUGCAGAAGGCUAAGAAGCUCCUGAAGUCUGAGCUGUGAGAAGGAGGACAAGAGUCACGCUCCACUUGUGAUCCUGAUGGUUGCCAUAGAUGCCAAUAACAUGCUGUCACCACAGUUUACACAUAGAAAACUAAGCACUGGAAAGUU